AUGGAGCGAAAUAUUGUAUACUUCAUUACAGGAGCUAAUUCAGGUAUCGGACUCCAGAUAACCCGCAACUUUCUCCUCCGCGAGAAUACAACAGUUAUAGCUACCAAACGUAGUUUAUCCACUCCACCACACGACCUUGAAAAUCUUCCUGCAGCGAAGGGGUCAAAGUUACUUGUUGUCCCGCUUGAGUUUGUUGCUUCGGCGAGCCGUGCGAGUGGAGAGACUAAAGAGAACAAGGAAAAUUCAGUUGAAGAUCUAGUUCCGAGAUUGAAGAAUGAGGGAAUAAACAGAAUUGACGUAUUAAUCUUCAACGCUGGAGUUGCGUCGAGUUUCGAAAGUGUGAAGGAGUCGAGAAUGCAGGAGUUGAUGGCUCAUUUUGAGAUUAAUGCCAUGGCGCCAAUUCAGACUUAUCAAACUUUGCGAUCGCUUUUCCUUGCUCCUUAUCCUUCUGGCGGUGAGGGAGAAGCUGCAGGAGUCAAGGAGAAAAAACUCAUCUACAUUUCCAGCAAUCUAGGUUCAAUCGGAGAUAUGGGAACUGCGGUACCUAGUUUGGCUUAUGGGAUGAGUAAAGCGGCUGCGAAUUAUUUUGUGAGGAAGACCCAUUUUGAGGAGGGGGAGGGCGUGGUGGCUUUGGCUUUGCAUCCUGGAUGGGUUAAAACGAAGAUGGGACAGGCAUUUGCAGAUUCUGUCGGCGUGAACGAGCCACCUUUGACUGUGGAGGGGAGUGCGGAUGGUGUGCUUAAACAGGUUGAUACGGCGACUAGGGAGACUAUGUCCGGGGGCUUUUUCUCGUACAAUGGAGAUGCUAUUCCUUGGUAA